AUGGCUACUAUGAUACUCAUUUGUGGGUUUGUAGGUUACGUGGUUUACGACGCUGUAAUGGCCACAGUAUCCGAGCUGCUGCAACGUUUGCUGGUAAUUUCUCCUUUGCUUAUAGUCAUUGUAGUUCAUUGGCUCUCCACAGGCAGCCAAGUUAGCAUUAGCAUUCCAGGGUCUGAACCUGGAGCCAUCCACAGAGCUGGAGGCUCACCUUGGGGUGUGGCCCUUGUACUAUUUCUGCUUUUCUUUCUCAUUUCUUACCAACCUUCCUUGCAUGGCCUUCUUUUCUAG